GAUCUUAAGACUUAAGAGAAAAUCGCUGGCACAGUUCAUAGAGUGAGGCCAGCAGCAGCAGAACAGGAGUGUUUCUAGGGAAGGUGAAAGCUGUUUGCUGGGUUCAUUAGUCUUGUCAGAGGGAGUUUUGCACUCGUUCAUCAUGCUUGCUAUAGAGCUGUGACGAGGGGGAAAAUACACAUCUGUCUGUUUACCAGGAUUCUCCAGUUUCCUUUCAGCCAGAACUGAGAAUGAUGGCUGAAGGGAAGUUUGCCAGCCUGCCCAGGAACCUGCACAUGGGCCGCCAGUGCACGUUGGCCGCCUCCAUGGACCUGCUGAGUUCUGGCAUGAAAGAGGUGCCUUCCACCAGCUAUCAGGGAAUCUCUAUCCAUGGCACCCUGCCCCGAAAAAAGAAGGGAGGUGCUGCCGUCCACUCUAGGACAUGGGAGUGCGGGUCACUGCCACACCCCACGCGCUGCCGCCUGCCCGCUUCACCACUCAUACACAAUAUCAUAGAAGAGAACCAGCCUUUUCAGACAUGGAGGGAGGACUACACAGUACACAGGGACGCUGGAGGCAUCGAUCCCACCAUGGAGUAUGUCAAGUUCUCCAAGGACAAGCACAUCAUGGAUGGAGCUCCAGAGAAGCUACGCAGGGAGCUGGAGGAAGAGCUGAAACAGUGUGGAGAGGAACCUCGCAGCCAUGCAUGGUACCAUGGAGCCAUUCCAAGACAGGUGGCUGAGAACUUGGUCCAGCGUGAUGGUGACUUCCUGAUCCGUGACUCGCUGUCUAGCCCUGGAACCUACGUCCUGACGUGCCAGUGGAAGAACAGUCCCCAGCACUUCAAAAUAAACAAGAGGGUGGUAGUGAUGAAGGAAGCCUACUCACGAGUGCAGUACCUGUUUGAGAAAGAGGGCUUUGACAGCAUCCCCGCUCUUGUGAGAUACUACGUGGGUAACCGUGAGCCUGUGUCUGAGGUAAUGGCAGCCAUCAUCUUCCAGCCCAUCAACAGGACGCUGCCACUGAGGUCCUUGGAGGAGAAGUAUGCAGUCGGACCUAUCCGUACAGAGUCUGGCCACAGAGAGAAGAAGAACCAGAGCUCCAAACGACUGAGCUUAAAUAUCGUGAACGGACACGGCCCAGAUCACACCCUUGGCCGUGGAAACCUACUAAGCAACAGAGACAAGUGCGGAAGCCAGCCAGCGUGUCUGAACCACGUUCAGGAGAGGAGACAGCUGUUGAAGACCCAUCAGUCUGAGAGUUUCCUUCCACUCGGAUCAAGACCUCAGGCCCAGACUCACCAUAUGGAGGCCCAGUCAUGCCCAAAGUCUCCUGUAUUCAGGACAGGCAGUGAGCCAGCCCUCAGCCCUACGGUCCCUCGUAAGAUGGCCUUUGAGACACAAGCAGGAGAAGCCAUCCGUGGUUCUGAUAGUCAGCUCUUCCCAAAACCGCCUCCUAAACCCAGCAAAGUGCCCUCUAUAAGGCAUCCUUACUCACACUUUGUAGUUCCGGUACCUCCAGUGAAGCCACAGAAACACUGGCCUUCUACCCCACAGCAAUCAGUCAGCCCGGUUAGCCCAGAUGUGAACUACUAUGAGCUGAGCCCAUGUAGUCCUGCUGAGUGGGAUAAGAAUAGUCCCUCUAAUGGUUAUGUGGAGAGGCUGAAAGUGGAGGAGAAAAGAAUCAGUGGAGGGAAGUUGGAUCGCAGCUCUUAUCAUCAUGCCAUCGAAGCCCUGCAGAACAGCAGUGAGGAGGACGACAAAGAGCAUGAGGAAGAGCAGAGACAAGUCCGACACUCUGGUGCAAAGAAGGUUAGAGGUUUCCAGAAGCCUGUGUUUGAGAUGGUAUCGGCAUUCAGACCAGGGGAGGUAGACUUCAGGUUAUUGCCAUCAGAGAAUAAGCCACUAGAAAUGUCUGUGCUGAAGAGAGCCAAAGAACUGCUGGUCAGUCAGGAUCCCAAAACCAUCGCCAAGCACAUCCUACAAGCCGACUGCGAGGUUGCCCGGAUUCUAAAUGUUUCAGACGAAAUGAAAAGUCAGAUGGGCGUGACCUCUGGGCUAGAGCUGGUAACCCUACCACACGGGAGGCAACUCCGUCAGGAUCUCAUGGAAAGGCAUAACACCAUGGCGAUUGGCGUUGCCGUGGACAUCCUGGGCUGUACAGGGAGUCUUGAGGAGAGAGCGGUCACGCUAAACCGAAUCAUUCUGGUCGCCCAGGAGCUAAAAGACUCCAUGGGAGACCUUUAUGCCUUCUCAUCCAUAAUGAAAGCACUGGACAUGCCUCAGAUCACGAGACUGGAUCACACGUGGACCACGUUACGCAGGAAAUACACGCAAACUGCCAUCCUUUAUGAGAAAUCUCUCAAACCGUUCUACAAAGCCCUGUAUGAUGGGAUUGUAGAGCUUCCAUUGAGCAGUGCCACUGUGCCGCUGUUGAUGCCUCUCCUCACCCUGAUGGAAAGACCAACAGUUGCAUUUGAGGGCAUGGAGCUCUGGGAAAGCAAUGACCAGGGUUGUGAGAUCAUGUUGCGCCAUCUGGAGGAAGCUCGUGCUGUUGCACGCAACGCUGACACCUACUCCUAUAAUGCCAAGCGGGUCCUGCAAGACUUCUGUCCUGAUGAGGACAUGUUGGAGAUCCUGAAGACAGACUUCCAGUUACGCCUACUCUGGGGCAGCAGAGGGGCCGGGGUAAACCAAACAGAACGGCACGACAAGUUUAAACUCAUCCUGACUGCACUGUCCAGAAAACUAGAGCCUCCUGUUAAACACACAGAACUCUGAGGAAAGACGACACCAAUCGGUUUAAAGCACCAGGUGGAAGGAAAUCAAAUACUCUAAACGUAGAAUACACAUGGCCCAAUAAAACUGCUGUGAAGAAUGGAAGCGCUUUUACAACUGCUUUGGUACAACCUAUCUUCCAUAAACAAUACUGUAUUCCCAAAGACUUCCACACACACACUUUGGAAUAAUCCAACUACUACAAGUGGGUACUUUUCUGCUCUAUGGACACUAUCCCAAGGACACAAAGGUACAGCGAGAGAAGGAAAAGGAACCGUUCACUUAACAUAAGUGGUGAUUAUACUGUACAUUUAAUUCCAUUAUUUAAAAGGUCCAGUGUGAUGAUGAUGAGGACCGAUGGAUGGCAGAACUAUGGCAGUUCUGUAAGUUUUAAAAGCAUACUUUGUAUUUAUACCUUAACAGUAAGCAGUCCAGUCAACGGUUUUAGUCUAGAACUGUAUUGUAAAGUAUGACGUUAUUUCAGUGUUUAAGUGUGUAAAUGAAAGAAACAUACCUGUAAAACGGUGUAUAUAAUUUUUACUAAGUGAAUGUUAAUCUAUGUAUUAUAGUUUAUUCGUAAUUGUCAUCCAUGUAAAUACUCAAACUUUAAUAUCUUUCUAUGAACCGUCGCAAACGUAUGGAUAAACAUGUCUAAAUAAAAUGUCUAACUCGACAAA